CCCUCCCCCCUAAACUCUAUAUACAAAUUCAUUCAAAUGGAAAAUCAAACAAGCUGAUAUCGAUAAAUCAGUAUUCCAAAAAUAUAAUGAUACCAAGAAAUUUAUAUUUUCUCAUUCAUGCGAUCAAUUUAUCCAUGUUAAAAGGAAAUAAAAAUAAAAUCAACAAAUAAAUCUGUACACGUGUAAAAAAAAAUUUCCAAAUUUUGCCGUCAAUUUGCACGAUUCCGAUUGGUCGUCGCUUUCGUCAUUCGUAAAGCGUCAAUUUGCGAAUAUUAUAUUAUUAUAUUUAUAUUCAUUCCCAAAAUCGGCACACGUGCGACAGGGUUCUAACUGAAUUUUGAAAAAUUAACGAUAACAAGCUACACACAACGCAUUUUGAGUCAUUGACAUGAAAAAAUUGAUAAGAAUAAAAAAUAUUCCGCCACGUUAUCAUACUAUCACGAAUUUAUAUUUUACGAAUAAUAUCAGCUGCGUCGUAUCAAUAUACGAUAACUGAAUGAGAUACCGAAGUAUAGACUGUAUACGAAAUUUCAGUCCGGCUCGAGAGUUUCUAGCGACAAUAUAUAAGUCAAUACUAUUUUUAUGUUAACAUUAACAAACUCAAUAUAUGCAAUAGUCAAUAUAUCCUGUUUGCAUUUCAGUUCAAGAUAUGAACAUGGAUUCAAGACAGGUGAAAGAGAUGGAUAAACUUCUCGUGUAUCUCAAACCAGUCAGAUUAAGAGAUCGUAUUUUCUUAUCACCCUACGUCAAAUACGUCUUCCCAACAAUACUGAUAGCGUUGACAGUGCCGCUGGCUGCUUACGGUCUGCUCUUCGCGCCGCUAGUCAAAGACAAGACUGGCAACGUCACCUGUCACAUAUAUUCAUCUUAUUUCGUGGAAUGUGCACCAGGUCGAAAUCUCACGUACGACGAGUGCGUCAUCUCGGGAUGCUGCUACAACGUCCUAACGAACGUCUGUCAUCAUUCUCUGCCAUCGCGUCACGGAUACAUUGUAAGCAGCAUGAGUGACAGCGGCGCAUCAUUGACCCCAAGAAAAACUCACAGCCCUUUCGGAAGUGUCAAUCGGGAUGCUGUGAGUCUAGAGAUACAGAGCAUCGACGCCAAUCAUCUUGAGAUUAUACUGUCGAUGGGGGAUUCUACCACGAGGUCGUCGGUCGAUUCCAAAAAGAGAAAUUUUUUUCAAAAUUUCUCAAAACGAGACGAACGGCUUACCGAGGAGACUUUGAAUGUUAUGCCGAGAAAUUCGGAAUCUCGAACUAUCGCGGUAGAGCUUGACAGUGUAUCAAAUUUGAUUCCGUACGUUCAUUAUCCCGAAUUUUCGGUUUCCAUUGCCAGAGCGAGUUCCAGUGUGAAUGACAGUACGUACAUUUGGACGACUGCCAGAGGUCCACUUAUCCUUACGGAAUCUUAUUGGGAAUGGAGUAUAUUCAUGACCAACAGUACGGUUUAUGGGCUGAACGACGUACAAUUGAAUGGGACCACUAAUUUUAUUUACAACAACGAAAACGGUACGAUAAUACCGGCUUUUUUGGGAAUAACCGAAAACGGCGACGGAAUGGCAUGCUACGUGGAUUACGAGGGACCAAUGGAAAUUAAGAUGAAUAACGGCUCCAAUCUGAUUAUACUCCGCGGCUUUUCUCUACCGGAAAUGAUCAGCGUCCAUAUUUUUGCGGGACCGACGCCCCUCGACGCCGUUCGCCAGCUCGGGACAUCCUUUUCACAUAUGUCUCAAACGCCCAAGGGAAUGAGCCACGGGUUACACGUAUGUCCCAAUGGAGACCUGACACCCCUCGAAGACAUCAUCCUAGACCUAAAUAACACCAUCCUGAUAACGGAAGUCAUCAAGGUACCCUGGGACAGCCAUUGUCUUCAUCAGAAACUCUGCCCAACCAUAGAGCUCAACCUGACCGAUGAUGCGCUCAAGAAGAUAAACCUAGGACGCGAAAUCUUAUCCAGCACCAACAGAUCGUUCCAGCCCCAUCUAAGUCCCAUGCUUUUCCAUGGCAACGCCAGCUUAAGCUCUCAUCUCGGAAGUGAACGUCUUCUGCUCACCGAUAACAAUACCCAAAUCUACAACGGCCUUUAUCUCGCUAGCCCAGUUGUAUAUCCGGAUUGGGCUAACUCUCGAGUGCCUUCGACCGCAGAGAGCUACUUGCUGAACUACAUCAAGGAGCUCCGGACGGACUUGAUAUACGUAAGGGAUAGUUGGCCCAAAGACGAACAGGGUAUGGACUUUGACGGGUCUUCAAUGGGAUUCGAUUAUAUGCCCCAGCCCUUGCGGGACCUCAUGUGCAACAUGACAGUUCCAUUUGAUCUGAUCUCAUCCACCUCAUCCGUCCACCACACCCGGCACAAUUCGUACUCGAGAAGCUUCCGGAAUUUUAUCCAGAGCAACGCGACGGUCUUGGAGCUACGUGGAAUUGCGGGCGAGGCGGGAAAUUCAAGUUGGGCAUCACUGAGGAAGGCUAUUCGCGUUGGGGUAGGUUCCGGUCUGGUCGGACUACUUCCGCCUCCGAUGUACGUCUGCGGUACUGGUACUCACGCCGUUUACUUAGAGGCUGAUCUGUGCGUGAGAUGGUACGGAGCAGCAGUCCCAUGGCCUCACGUCAUGGUCCUACCCGAGAGGUUACCCGGUUCUUCGUAUCUACCGACCGCAGCAUCCCUAAACGCCGCGAAGCUCCUCCGAUUACGAGCGACCUUGGCCACUUAUCAGCACACCAAUCUGGCCAAAUAUUACAGAGAAGGGACGCCGGUCAUGGCGUCGACGUCGCUGUACUAUCCGAAGGAACCGGAAGUACGGGAUAGCUGGGACCAGUUCAUGUGGGGCGAAUCCAUCUUGAUCGGCCUGGUGACUCUUCCUGAAGUUUAUCAGGUGACCAUGUGGAUACCUGGUCAAUAUACCUGGAGACAUCUUCAGGGUGGUUCGCCAGUGACGUCAUCCAACUGCUCCACUUCCGUAACAGCCGCCAUCGGUGAGAUCGUCAGUCUCCUUCGACCUGGACACGUCGUUCCUGUUCACGAGACUGUCGCAGACACGACCCUGGGUACCAUGAGAAACGAUCUUGACCUGCUGGUGAAUCUGCUGUGCGACAACGAGUGCCUGGCCUUUGGCAGCAUUUUCUAUGGGGAGGAGGAGAAGGGGGGUGAUUUUUUGAAAAUCGGUACAACAAAUUCGAGUUUCACUCUCGAAAAUAUACUCAGUGUCCAGAAUUAUGCGUGCGAUAGAACUCAAGCGCAGUCGACUUUUAUAAGGAGCGUUCAGAUUUUGGGCACCGAAUCGCAUAGGAUUAAUCAAAAUUUAUGCAACCUGACUGAAGAUACGUACGAAAUAAUUUUUUAAUAAAAUAUACAAAUAAAAUCCA